AUGUCAGGAAAUCUUAACUAUCGUAUGCCUCGAAAAAUUACAACGAUAAUAACACUUCAGGGACAGAAAUCGCUAUUGGAACGAUAUGGCCUUGAGAAUGGAUGUGGCGGCUCGAUUAUAGAUAGGAAACCAUUUCGCAUUUUUCACAAAGCAACAAUAAUUCGAGGAGUCAGUGAAAUGAUAUGGGAUAUUAACGGGGCGCCUGUUAAAGCUAUUAUGGAUCUCCUAAAAUGGAAAGAAUUUUUUGAGGCCAAACUUAACCACGAUGCAUCUGUUGUGCUAAUAUAG